GAGCUAGGAUAGGAUGGGCUGGGGGCUGGUGCCGGGCUUGGCUGUGUACUGGGCUGUGCAGAACUAGGGGUAGGAUCUGAGUGUGUUUAUAUAGCCCAGGCAAACCCGCUCUCUGGCCCAUUCCCUCUAAGCCAGAGAAUACAACCCUACCAGGACCACUGGCAAGGGAUUGUUUAGCAUUUAACAAGAGAGAGAGAGAAAGAGAGAGCGAGACAAGAGAGAAAGAGAGAGAAAACAGAGAGCGAUAGAGUCAGAAAGAGAACAUACACAUAUAGAGGAAGCCAGAGAGAUAGAGUGGUCAACAGGGACACAUAGGAGGAAAGAUAGAGACAGAAAGAGAAAGAGGUCGAGAGAGAGACAGAGAGAAAGAAAGAGUCGAAGAAAUAGGUCUGAGAUAUUAAACACACAAUCCCAUUUACCUCUCUCUCAACAUACUCACACACAUUGUGAGACAGAGAGAAAGCAGACAAAACUCACCACACAAAGUCUCUGACAGAUAGAUAGACCUCAACACAGACAGACUCUCUGAGACAGACGGACGGCAAGCAGCAUGUUUCUGUGGCGGCUCCCCCAGGCAGCGUGUCUGGUGUUGGUGUGUGUGUCGCUGACUCUUGGGUACGAAGACGAUAUAGAGGUGAACUAUGGUGACAGCUACUACAACGAGAUCACAGAGGGAGAGCCACUGGAGCCCACAGCUACCCCAGCCCCAGGACCCUGUAAGGCUACAGACAUGACUAAAUGGGACAAGCUCUUCUCCAUGCUGGAGAACUCUCAGAUGAGGGAGAACAUGCUUCUGCAGUUCUCCGAUGACAUCAUCAAGGUGGAAUUGGGGUCGCUGCGUGGAGAGAUGCUAAGGUUCGUGGCUCAGUACGGAGGGGCCUGUGGCGUUGCGGUGGAGACCGCUGGGCGGAGGAUGUCCAUGCAGAUGGAGGCUCGCCUCAGGGAGAGCAUCGAGCAUCUCAGACAGGAUCGAAGCACUGAUGCUGGGAAUUCAGCUGGGAAUAGCCAUCAGGAAAAGCUGUUACAGCAGCUUCUAACUGCAAUGAGGACACAGGCUAUCCAACUUAUCAAGCUGGAAAACAUCUGCCUGAGUAAUCCAGAGGCUAAGGGGGAAAACUUGCAGCAGGAAGUGGCAUCAGCAGAGAUGCUGGUUGCCGUGGUGACAGAGCUGGCGAAGACGAGGGCAGUGCUAGAGCUUGCGCUCAAGUCGGCACAGCAACGACACCUGCCUGCAGGCUGUGAGACCGCUCUUCUCUUCCCUAUGCGUUCCCCUCGUAUCUUCUCCUCGGUGACACCAGACCUCCCUCUCUCCCUCUCUUCCUUCACCGUGUGCCUGUGGGCCAAGCCCGUCUCCGUCUCCAACAGAACCGUGCUGUUUUCCUACGGAACCAAACGGAACCCCUAUGAGAUACAGCUCCUUCUUAGCGGAACAAGGGCUCUCUUCACCGUGGGAGGAGAGGCUCACCUGGUGGAGGCACGGGGAGUGGUGAAAGGAGGAGGAGUUUGGACCCACCUAUGUGGGGCUUGGAGCUCUGAGCAGGGCAUAGCGUCACUAUGGGCCGAUGGACACAGAGUGGCAUUCACACCCGGGGUGGCCGAGGGCCACAUGUUACCGGAUGGAGGCUCACUCCAGCUGGGGCAGGAGAAGAACGACGGUGGGGUCUCUGGAGGGUCAGGUGGCAGUGGGAGUCAGAUGCCUGGGUUUGAGGGAGGCUUCGAUGCCAAGUUGGCAUUCGCUGGGAAGAUGACAGGGGUGAACAUGUGGGACCGUGUGCUGACGGAGGAGGAGAUAUCCCAGCUGGCUUUGCAAGACGGCGAGGGGUGUGAGCAGAGGGGGAAUGUAGUUGGGUGGGGCUUGACGGAGAUUGUGCCUCACGGGGGUGCUCAGUUCAUCAACUAACUCUGAUGACGUUUUCAUCAUCAUCAUCAUCAUCAUCAUCAUCAUCAUCAUCAUCAUCAUCAUCAUCAUCAUCAUCGUUUAAAUCAACUCUAUCAGCUUCAUCAUCAUAAUCCUCAUCAUAUUCAUCCUAAUCGUCAUAAUUUAAAUUAACUAUCAUUAUCAUCGUUUAAAUCAACUCUACAUCUUCAUCAUCAUCAUAAUCAUCAUCAUUUAAAUGAACCAUCGUUUUCAUCAUGUAAAUGAACUUUCAUCAUUUAAAUUAACUAUCAUCAUCUUCGUCGUCACCAUUAUAAACUAACCUGCAGUGCAGAACAGCCCGACCGGCUGAGACUGCAACAACAAUGUGAACAUGAACAACAACACCAGCUCUCUUUAAUGGCUAAAGAGACUGGAGAAGAAUGUGCCCUCUUAGAGGAGUGUUUCCCAUUUAGAGAAGCAGUGGUAACACACACACAAACACACACACACACACACACACACACACACACACACACACACACACACACACACACACACACACACACACACACACACACACACACACACACACACACACACACACACACACACACACACACACACACACACACACGGUGAGAAGCAUUAGUAUACAUAGUCUAAGGAGUAGAAAUGGAACAUACAUCAUUUACCACAGAUGUAAAGUGAAAAAUGAAAAGGAAAGAACAGAGGUGAGAGAGACAAAAAGAUGCUUUGGGUCAACUGGCACAAAACCAGUCUGCAAGUGUCAUCACUAGAUGGCCAUGCUAGAGAGGACCAAAUUGGCUAUAUCAUCAGCAGUUCAAGUACGUUAGCUGUUUGUUAUUAAUGGAGUGUUAGGGUUAAGGGGUAAGGUAAAUGAUAAAGGGUUGAGGUUUGGGUUAGUUAAAGUGGAAUUUCUGGCUAAAAAAAACACUUAACCUUUGUCCUCUCUAGCAUGGCUACGUAGUGACAACUAUCUGCAAGCUGCCAUAGGAGGUUUUAAUCAUUCUAUUACCUUAUAAUCUUAUGCUUCCGGCAAAAGUACAAUUUUUUCCAAGCGUUGUUUCCAACUUUGUAUUUAUCAAAGUGUUUACAUUCAGAUGUGAAAAACAUAAUAUUUUUGUUGUUUUGUAUUUUGCUUCGUUUUCCAUACACCCAGAGGUCUUUCCAUACACCCAGAGGUCUUUCCAUACACCCAGAGGUCUUUCCAUACACCCAGAGGUCUUUCCAUACACCCAGAGGUCUUUCCAUACACCCAGAGGUCUUUCCAUACACCCAGAGGUCUUUCCAUACACCCAGAGAGCUUUCCAUACACCCAGAGGUCUUUCCAUACACCCAGAGGUCUUUCCAUACACCCAGAGGUCUUUCCAUACACCCAGAGGUGUUUCCAUACACCCAGAGGUCUUUCCAUACACCCAGAGGUCUUUCCAUACACCCAGAGGGCUUUCCAUACACCCAGAGGUGUUUCCAUACACCCAGAGGUCUUUCCAUACACCCAGAGGUCUUUCCAUACACCCAGAGGUCUUUCCAUACACCCAUAGGUGUUUCCAUACACCCAGAGGUCUUUCCAUACACCCACAGGUCUUUCCAUACACCCAGAGGUCUUUCCAUACACCCAGAGGUCUUUCCAUACACCCAGAGGUGUUUCCAUACACCCAGAGGUCUUUCCAUACACCCAGAGGUCUUUCCAUACACCCAGAGGUGUUUCCAUACACCCAGAGGUCUUUCCAUACACCCACAGGUCUUUCCAUACACCCAGAGGGCUUUCCGUACACCCAGAGGGCUUUCCGUACACCCAGAGGGCUUUCCAUACACCCAGAGGUGUUUCCAUACACCCAGAGGUCUUUCUUCUCCUUGAAAUGGGUGCCAAUGGAUGAUGCAAUACGAUUACUUAGUCCCUGUUUGUUCCGCAUCUCAUUUGAGACAGAAACACUUGAUUUGAAAAGCGGAACUGUGGACAAUUUUUACAGAAUCUGUUACAACGAUCUCUGCUCUUUGUUAACGUAGUAGGCAAUGUGUAUCAUAUUGUAAAUUGUUUUGUGUUUUUGUCAAGAAGUAAAAAUGAAUGUAUUUUGUAUAUAAAUAUUUUUUGGCAUACAGUAUGACUAAAAAUGGAGAAUAAACGAGAAACGAGAAUAAAAUUACAUGUUAACAUUAA